AUGGAUUUUAUAACUAAAUAUAUUGAUGUUCAAGAUGAUAGUCAAAGAACAUUGGAUGUAUCGACAAAUGAAUGUUUUGAAAAUUUAUCUAUUCCUUCAGAGAUGAUUAAAAAAUUUAAUGAAAUGAGAAUUUGGAAACCAUCACCUAUUCAGGCAGCAACAAUGCCAAUGACAUUAUGUGGAGCGGAUUUACUUGUCCAAGCAAAAUCUGGUACAGGUAAAACUUUAGUUUUUGCUGCAAUGAGUAUUAUUGUUACAAUGGAAAAUGAGUUAUAUCCUCAAACAAUAAUAGUUUCACCAACAAGAGAAAUUUGUGAACAGAUAUUUUCAAUUUUACAACAGAUUGAUUAUAAGAAUUUGAAGAUUGGUUUAUGUUGUGGUGGUGAAAAUACAUAUAAAAGUCAAAAAAGACGUUUAGCACAACUUGUUAGUGAUGGUAUUCUUGAUCUUAGUAAUGUAACAACUUUUGUUAUGGAUGAGGCAGAUAAAAUGGUUGAAGGAAAUUUUCAAAGUGAUAUUUCAAUGAUUUUUUCACAUUGUAAUGAAAAUAAACAAACAUGUGUUUUUAGUGCUACAUAUCCAAAAGAAAUGUUAGAUGUUCUUUCAGGUUUUAUGAUUGAUACAACAAUGAUAAGGUUAGACUCAGAAAAUGUACAACUUUUAGGAAUUAAACAAUUUGUACAAUUUGAAGUUAAAAAUAUUGAUAAACAUGAAUUUACUUCAGCUGCUGUGUUGGCAGCAAAUAUUUUGAAAAGGCAACAAUUUAAUCAAGCGAUAUUAUUUGUGAAUGAAACAAAGUUUUUAAUUGAAUUUGCUCAACAAUUAUGCAAAUAUUUACAGGAUUAUUCAAUCCAACUUAUGUCUGGAAGUAUGCUUCAAAAAGAACGAUCUAAAGUUAUGAGUGAUUUAAAAAAUAGAAAAAUAAAAGUUUUAAUUUCUACAGAUUUAUUGUCACGUGGUGUUGAUUCACAACAUAUAGAUUUAGUUAUUAAUGUAAAUUGUCCUGUUGAUUGUUGUACAUAUUUACAUAGAAUUGGACGUGCUGGAAGAUUUGGAAAUUAUGGAGCAUCAUUUACAUUAAUUGAUAAUAUUAAAAAUUUAAUAAAAUUUACUGAUAUGGUUGAUUCUGAAAAUCUAGCUGUAAAAUUUUUAUCUAAGGAUAUUCUUAGGAAUUCUCAUUUAACUACGGAUAGAAAUGCUUUUGAUGAAUGUAAAGAUUUUAAUGGUGAUUUUGUUAAAGAAAUUUGUUGUGAUUUAUGUGAUGUUUUCAAAUGUGGUCGUUAUGUUGAAAAGAAUAAUGUACCAAUAAUUUGUUAUACAAAAGAUGAAAUGAUGAAAAUAAAUGAAAUGAAAAGUAUUAGUGAAUGGCAGGUUUGUGCUAAAGAUGUAUUUAAAAAUUGUAGUUGUAUUUUUUAUGAUAUUGGAAGAGAUAAAUUUAUACAAGAAUCAAAAAAAGAAACAUUUAGAAGAAAUAAUGCCUUUGAUAAAUUUACUAAACUCAGGUUGAAGAGUGAUAAAAUAGUUGAAAAAGAUAUGGGUAAAAAAAGUGGAACACAUUUAUCAUAUUUAAAUAGAAACUCUAAUGAAGAAAUAAAUAAAGAUGAAGGUGAAAUUAAUUCUAGUCCAACUAAAAUGGAAGAUGAUAAUAAUAAAACACCAAAAGUAGAAUAUAAUUUUAAUGAAAAUAUUAAUGAUCAAAAACUAUAUGUAUAUUCAAGAGAUGAAUUAAUGAAAAUUUUUAAUUCCAAGACAAUUGAUCAAUGGCGUGCAAUUUUUAUAGGAAUGAAUUUAAAAAAAGAAAUUUAUAAACAUGAUCCUAUUGUAAUGGAUGCAGAAUUGAGAAAACCUUUUACUCUUCAACUUAGAGUUUUACGUAAACGCGAAAAAGAAAAAGUUAACCGUUUACGAAAAGAAUUAGAGAAAAAUGAAAAAAAUAUUAUAUAUGGUAAGAUUGAUAAAGACUGGCCUAACAGUAUUAAAUUUCCAUCCAUACCAUCAAAUCCAAAAAAUAUUUAUAGUGAGGUUUAUAAUCUUGCAACAGGAAAUGGGAGGUAUUCAAUACCAUCAAAUAAUAAUAUAAUUGUUUCACCUUCAUCUUUAAGAGGAAAUGGAGAUAAUUUAAAAAAUAUUGGAGAAGAAAAUAAAACAAUUACUAAGAAAUGGUUUAUUUCUCAGGCUAAUUCAAUAAAUUAA